GGCCGGCAUGCUCGAGGUCGCUUAAGAACCGGAAACCAAAGCCCGUCCGCUAUCAGACGUUUUCCGACCUCAGUUGCUCCCAGUAGGUAGUACAGUGAACAUGUUUACUCUCUUUUUAACCUGCUUAGCAAUUGCUUCAGCAUGCUUGCAGGUUAUUUCUGCACAGUACAGUAGUGGAUUUCAUCGUCGAUACUACAUAUAUCGAAGGCCAGCCAGCAAUUAUCCCCCGAAUGUUGAUUUAAGGAACUAUUUUGCUUCUGCUUCUGAUGUACAGCAAACCGCUGUGGCUUCUCCUACUGUAAGUGGUUCUAGAUCAAGUACCAACCCCGAGAAGGUGCAGCUAGACAUCUAUUACGAAACCGACUGUCCAGACAGUAUGCGAUUUCUGACUCGCCAGCUCUAUCCACUCUACAGGGAAAUGGAAGGCAUACUUGAUAUACGCCUGAUUCCUUAUGGUAAAGCAAGAGAAUAUUAUAACACUGAAACGAAGAAAUAUGACUUUAUGUGUCAUCAUGGACCAUCCGAAUGUUAUGGAAAUACUGUUCAGAGUUGCGUCAUUUCUUUGUAUCCAGAAAAGAAAGAUCAAAUGAAUUUCAUUGAUUGCAUGGAGAAUUAUCCACGACCAUCACAGAGCGCAUCAAAAUGUGCUCGCAGAAUGAGUCUAGAUUGGAAUAAAAUUGAGAAAUGUGCUUCUGGAGAUGAAGGAAAUAGGCUUCUUCAUGAAAAUGCUCAACUGACGGAGAACCUCAACCCUCCACUUUAUUUCGUGCCAUGGAUCGUCGUUAACAAGGUGUACUCAGACAGCAACCAACGUAUGUCUUUGAGAAACUUGAAAAGUGUAGUUUGCAACGCUUAUAAAGGAGACCAUGAAAAAUGCCCGAAAGGUUUUUGAUAUUUAAUUUGAUGUGUUCCAAUUAAAGCAUUUGACCAAGGUACAAAAUCAUUACAUUUCUUUACCAGGAUGAAGUCAAGUACAUUGAUGUGAUUCUGUAUGUUUUAUUUGCGUACUUAAAACAGCUACAACUGCUGAAAUUUCAACAAGUGCAUUGGCAUUGCUGUAUUUAUUUUAUAUAUGACUUACAACGUUGAAUAAAGUUUUAAAAGAAUACCA